AUGUUGCACAUCGCGGCCACUUUCUGGGCCAUAAAUCAUGGCUAUGGACUCCCUCUGCGCGAAAUCGAGGAGGCGCACGUGGGCAUUGUAGAGAAGGCGCUCUUCGCCAGCCAACUCUCCUAUGUCGGAUCCCUAGGACUGACGAGAAUGUCCACUGCAUUCUUCAUUGAACAUCUGACCCGCUAUCGCGUCCAAGUCCGAUUAUCAUACAUUCUCGCUGCAGUGUCAGGAGUAUGGACGACAGCCUCGAUCCUCGUCAUUGCUUUGCGCCCGGACAUUGCGCAUCCUUGGGCCACAUUAGAUGGUGCAGAGGUCCUGUACGUCAGAUGGAUUGCGGUUGAAACUACUGGGCUCGCCGUUGAGGUCGUGCUAUGGAUGCUGUCCGUCUCUCUUGUCUGGGGUCUCCAGAUGAAGAUUCAGAAGCGAGUCUUGAUCCUCGUCGCCUUUGGCUGCCGCCUCUUACUCAUUCCUGUUGUUGCCAUCCGUCUCCGCUACCUGUCCCCGGACGAAAACCAUGAUCCAACCUUCACAAGUAUCCUGGCCCACAUCUUGACCGAAGGCGCACUGGAAUACGCCCUAAUCUCUACCUCCAUCACCUCUCUCAAGCCUUUCCUGAAACCUUUCCACACGGGUGCUAUCGUGAACACCGUUGGCGGUAGCGGUUCCGGACUAUACUCCGGAUCACAUUCGGCAACACAAGGCAUCUAUAUGCUUAGCUCCAUUGCGAGAGACAAGAAAGGCAAUGGCCAGACAACAACGGCCACUGUUCAUUCUGGAAAUAGCGAUAGUGGUCCACCACCUCGAUCCAAACUUUACGUUGGUAACAUAAGCGAAGGAACGACGACGGUUUCGUCUCAGCCUGACCCACACCGAGACGACACGGAGUCAGCGGGAAGUAACAGUUCAGGACAAAUGAUAAUACGAACGACGAAGGAAUGGGCUGUUCGGUAUGAAAAUCGGGUAUAG